AUGGGAUGCCGCUUGACAAGAACCGAAUCCACAGAAUUGUGCGAACAUUCUGCGAAAAAAGAGGACUGCAGUCCAGUAUCGAAUGGACAGUCGGUCUUAGGCCAGCGAGACACCGCGACCCAGGCAUACGAUCAUUUGAGGAACGGAUGCCCUCCGAAUAAUGUGUCACUGUCGAAGCCUAUCGGAGAGGUCGUAAGCUCGAGUCAGGCAGAUUUCUUCCGAAUGUUAGAUGCAAAAAUAGCUCACGGUGCCGAUCUCGAUUCGGAAAAUGAGACCUAG